GCUAUACGUGACGGUGCUGAUGCAGUGAUUGCGGUUGGAGGAGAUGGAACUAUUCACGAGGUUGUUAAUGGCUUUUUCUGGGAUGGAAAACCUGUUUCUAAUAAUGAUCAGUCUGUCCGUGCUACUGCUCUCGGUCUAAUUCCACUGGGAACUGGUUCUGAUUUUGCAAGAACGUUUGGUUGGAAAAACGAUCCUUGUGAUGCCAUUGAACGUAUUUCUAACGAUCACAAAUUGAUGUUGGAGUUCUUGCUGGUGAAAGUGGAGAACCACACUAUUUUGUUAAUGAGUGCAAAGGCUGGUUAUUAUGCUUCGAGAUACAAAAAGUUUGGAAAUCUCUGUUACGUAAUUGGUGCUUUGCAAGCUUUUUUCAGUCACCAUAACCGGGACCUUAGAAUAAAGUUUGACGAUGGCGAGUGGGAAACUUACCCUAAGGUAACAGCUCUUUGCAUUAGGAACGCCAAAUAUUUUGGUGGGGGAAUGAAGAUUACACCGAAUGCCCACCCGUGUAGCGGCAACUUUGAGAUGGUGGUUCUUCAGGACUUCAAAUGGUAUGACUUUGUCCUCAAACCGCAUAAGUUAUACAAUGGUACACCGUACACACUUAUCAGUGGAAAACAUAACUUCAAGAAGCUCAUCUCAUGCAAGGAGCAACUGGAAGUAGAAGUGAUUCUUAAAAAUGAAGCUGUAACUCAAAAUGGAAUCAGCCAGAAGUUGGUUCGAGUGAAAUCUGAAGAACUUGAUAAGUCGAAUUUAGAAUGCAUGAAACUGAAGGAGAGAAAUAUGGCUUUGGCCAGGGAACUUGCAGCAAUUAAAAUAGCAUGUGACCUGGAUUUGGAAGAAGAUCAAGUUCUGAAGCAGCUGGUUUCAUUAGGAAAUGAUUCAGCCAGCAAAGAAGCUGUUGAUGUUCUGAGAAAAUCAUUGUUGAUUGUUCGGAUCGGACAAAUUAUACCAGCUAAGAGCUAACAAUGCCAGUUAAAUUGGGCUAUUCUUCAGUGUGUUUGGUAUAGACUUUAGCCUAUACUUUCUAAAUUGCCUUCACAUUUGCUUUACUGCAGUUUUCAAGCAGCCUGGAGUAUGUUUCUACGUAAUCAUGAUUGAUGACUUAUCUUUGGUGUGUAAAAUAUGACGUAUAUUCGUGCAAUAUAUUUCUUUCUUUCUUUCGUUCUUUCUUU